UUCGCCACCUAGCUGCAGAGACGCGCCUACGGAGAUCUGUCGACUGUAUGAUUAUGAAAACACCCGCGCCAAUGUUGUUGCACAGUAGGCUCUGCGCCCUGAUGAGACUGAAACUCGAUUUUAGGAGGUGUGUUGGCCUUAGUUAUGUAAUCAAAGCAACAUCAGAUGCACCAAAAGCCCUGGAUUGCUGUCAGUGCGAAGGGGAGAGCAGGACAGCAACACCUUAACCUCCUGCCUAAACGCAGUUGGCUCUGGGACGCGCUCUCGGCUCAAGCUUGAAGGACAUGAGAGACACCUUCGCUGGAUGAAGGAACCCGCCUUUACUCAGACUUUUAUAGCAUCUUUUUUGUAAAUCUCCUGACCUAUACCUGCAACCCACUCUCAACCCUCACCCCAUCUCCCCAGAGUCCUUUAACAGUGUUAUACUGGGAACCCCACCACACCCGGCUCCUCCCCCCUGACUUCUCUGAUGGACCAGAGAGUGAAGGGGGGUAACCCUCCAACCGCACACACCCCUCUGGCCCCGACCGCUCCACCUGAAGACUCAGACCAGGAACGAGUGGCAGAGAUAAGGAGGAGUGGCGAGGGGGAGAAUGGGGAUUUGGGGAAGAGAGAGGAGGAGAGAAGAGGAGCAGGGAGGAAGAGAGAAGGAGACAAGGGGGCAGUGCUGGAGUUGCUCAUUGAGGGGCGCUGUGGCAGCACGGGGCAGCAAGAGCUCGAGUUCCCUGGCAGAGAGGCGAGCUGCCCUGAGGGGAAUGUACGACUCCGGAUUGGACUCCAGGCCAAAAGGACCAAGAAGCCACCCAAGAUUCUUGAGAGCUACGUCUGCAAGCCCACCAUCAGGACCUAUCAGAGACAGGGCAGAGUGGCAGCACUGAGAGGGGACGGGGAGGGAGGAGUGGGUCAGCAGGGCAAAACCAGCCCCACAUUAGAAGAGGCAACUAGAGAGCAAAGCUCAGGGUUGGAAUCUGUUCAGCCCCCGUCCAAACAGACGUCAUCUACUGCUUCACCACUGCUUUCAUCAUCAUCGUUGUCGGCAUCGUCAUUGCAGCCAUUGGCAUUAUCAACAUUUCCUACAGCUUCCAGCCCAGCCUCAGCCCCUGUUCUAGCCAGCCAAGGGACCAAGUCAGCCAAACAGGUUCCUAUCAAACUGGCUGAUAAGACAGAGGUGAAUUCAAAUGGCUCAUCUGAGAGAGUGAAGAAAGACAAGCUUCCUAGUGUCAAUGGGCAGGCAGCCCCUGCAGGACAUAAACCCUGCUCCCCCAAAACAGAUCAGACAGCUCCCACUACUCCUUCUACCCCAUCUCUCCAAAACCUCUCAGCAGUGGAACCCAGGGGUGAGGGAGACACUGCUAACAAACACAAUGGUGUGGUGCAGACAGGGAAACAGAAAGGACAACCAAAUGGGAAAAGCUCCUCUGACAUUCUUGGUCCUACAAAGUCCUCAAAGGUCAAAGCUGGAAAACACAACAGCUCCUCCUCUGCCACUCCCAGAGACUCAGACUCUGCAACAAGAUCCCCAAUCUCUGGCAGCUUCCAUAAAGAACACAACCUGUCCCAUAAGAGCAGGACAGAGUCUCCUUGCUCUCCCUCUAUCACCCCUAAACCACAGUCCUCCCCAACUAUGGCUCUCUCCUCUGGACACUCUCCAAAACAGGAUCCCUCUUUACAGCCCUCGCUAGGAAAGAAGCGAGAGAAAGAGAAGAAAGCAAAGAAAGAGAAACGGAAAGAGAAAAAAUCCAAGCGAGAACGAGGCGAGGCUGAAAGAGCAAAGAAUGAGAGCAGGAAAGAGGAAGGCAAGAAGAAGAAGAAAGAGAAAGGGAAGGAAGGGAAAUCAAAGCAUGGGAAAGGCAAGGAUGAAAGGAGCAGGAUUGAAGAUACAUGGAGGAAUGAAACUGAGAAAGGAAAGGCUGAGAAAAAGAGGGAUAAGCUUAGUCCAGACAGACACAGAGCAAAAGAUAACAAUGCUAAACCUGGUGAAACAGAUGAUAGCGGUAAACUAGAGAAGACCUGUAAGCUAGCCAACCCAGGCAGACCAGAUGAGAAAGACAAAGCAGAUGAUGCUUCCAAGCUAGUUAAACACGCUGAGCCAGUAACAGCAGGUGACCCUAGUAAACCUAAAGAACAAGACGUCCCUUUGAGACAUCCAACUGUGCCUACAAGCCACCCAUCUUCGGCUCCUUCCUCUUUGCCCACUCUUUCUGCUCGUCCCCCUAUGUCUCCGCCUUCUUCGCCCCCAGAGCAGGACAGCCGGCCACUCAAGAAGCGUAAAGCCAGACGGCCCAGCUGGACCAAGCUGGUGCACCGGGCUCAGAGGGUGGAAAACCAGGAAGCGCCUCUAGAUUCUCACCAUAAUCCAUUACUAAGUUUCCCCCAGAACUCAAAGACAUCCCCACCGACCAAGGCCACUGUCAAGCAGACGGAAGAGUCACACCCAGCCCCCACUAGCUCUUCAACCACCAGCUCCUCUGCACUCUCUGCUGCAACCAAACCUCCAACCCCUGACCAGAGUCACCCCAAUUCUGACCCCAGCCCCCCUGCCUCUAGGUCCCCCAUAACACCAGCCCGAAAGAGGGGCCGCCCUAAAUCCCACACCUCCAGCUUGGAUGAGCCUCCACCUAGACUUUCACCCACUGCCACUCUGGCUGAUGUGGCCCCUGCGGGAUGUGAAGGAGUUCAGAAAGCUCCUGCGUUGGAGCCCAGUCCAAUGCUUCCCUUUCCCGCUCAGUCCAAUUCCACCCCCAGAAAGCGUGGCCGUCCUCCCAAACGACCCCUCUCUGACGACCAGAGUGGAGAUGUGCUAAGCCAAGCUGAUCUUAAAAAGAAGAGCAAAGACGUGAAUCCUGAAAAGGGGAACAGGGAGCUAAAGAUCAGGAGACUGAUUAGUGAAAUGAAGAAAAGAAAGAAGAGGAGACUUCAAAAGGGGUUGCUGUCUGAUUAUGCUGGGAAGGCAGGAAGCAGAGCAGAGGCAGAUGGAGAAACCUCUCCUGCAGUUUUUAAGACGGCCGAGGCCGUAGCAAAACACACCCUCUCAGCCCUGUCCUCCUCCUUUGGGGGUAAGCUUGGCCCUCAGAUCAAUGUGAGCAAGAGAGGGACCAUCUACAUGGGCAAGAGGCGAGGACGUAAGCCUAAAUCUCAAACAGCUAACCUAAACUCUAACUCCCAGAAUUCAGUUCAGCCUUCACUGUUCACCAAUCCCUCUGAAACCUCUCUUUUCUCCAAUCAACCCCAACCUCCCUCUCACCCAUUCCCCUCCCCAUCGCUUACACACUCCAGUGGGGCUCAGAGCCCUUACAGCGAAGGCAGCCUCACAGAACCAACAUCCUCCCUCCUUUUCCCACACCCUUUCUCCCUCCCUUCCCCGUCUUCUUCCUGCACCUCCCCUCGCCCUCCCUCCUCAUCAUCCCUCUCUCCCUUUGUGAAGAAAAGUUGUCCAUGCCAGGGAAGGCAUCACUUCCCCUUUCACCAGUCAUCGUGUAAGCUCUCCUCUCCCACCCCUCCUCUGCAUCACACACCUGGCUCUCCUGCACACCUGAAAGAGGCCACCCCUUCCCCGAGGAGUGAGUCACACAGCGAGGAGACUCUGCCUAGUGAUAGUGGAAUUGGCACAGAUAACAACAGUGUCUCUGAGCGGGGGGAGAUGAGGGGAGGCCGAGGCAUACUCAGGAUGGGUCAAGGAUCAGGAGUGAUGCUGGGGGGUCAGAGACACCCCUCCUCUCUUGUAGACCGUCCUUCCCCUGUGUCGUCACCCCUCUCUCCCAUGCACAGACAGGCAAACCCCAUCACCAAUCCGGCUAACGUGGAGAGACACAGAGAAAGACACAGGCACAGGCGGAGGGAGUAUGACUGUGUGUCUUCCUGUACUUGCCUGUGCCCGUGCCCUUGCCCGGGGCACAAUAAAUGCACUCAUUCGGACUAUUACACUUGCCUUGGGCAUAAUGCACUGAAGAGACAGAAAAAUAAACACAAGAAGAAGCACCAGCAGCUGCACAUGCAGGACCCAGAGUUUCUGUCCGAGCUGGAUGAUCUGAUCGGUCAGUUCAGUGAGGUUCACAUCGGGCGCCGUAGUUGGGCGAGAACAGGACUCGGGCAGGGCUUCAGUGGGAGUGGGAAUGCUGCUGGAGGAAGGCGACACCACUCCUCCUCCUCACAUCCUCUCCGCUCCAACAUCUUCAGGAUCAAUUUGAAUGGUUUCUAUUCCCCUCAUCCCUCUUCUUACUCGACUAAUCCCUCCUUCUCCGCCCAGCCUUUCUACCCGUGCCAGCCAGUGCAUUGUGGCAGGAAGCCAGAGCGCAGGCAGUGCGGCUGUCCAUCAAAGUUCCAGGAGACCAUUGACGAUAUGGGGUUCUACAGAGGCUACCCCCCGACCACGCCCCUCUACUCCCACCUCCACAGCUCCUACCCCAUACCAUCUCCCCACCAGUAUGCCCCCCAUCAGCCCCACCACCCCCACUUCCUCCUCAACCCAGCCAGAUUCCACAGGCGGAGGACGAGGUUGCUGAGGGAGGGAGGUUUAGGAGGAGAGGUUGAGGGAGAACUAGGAGGAGGCAGUGGAGGAGGCCCACACCUCAGUUCAGGGUUCGCCACCGGCCUCUCCUGUGGCUGUGGGAGGAGCGAACACAAACACAAGCAUAAACACCGUCACCUGCACUGCGAGCGAGACGUGGACGACGACGAGGAGGUGCAUGAGGAUGAGGAGGAAGACGACAUGGAGAGAGAGGGCUUGGCCAGCUUGAAACCAAGGUCGGGGUUCAUCAUGGGGCCAGGAGAAGGAGGAAGGAAAGGUACAAGAGGAAUGGGGAGUUUGGGGUCAGCAGAAUCACCCUGGUUAUGUGAGAAUGGAAAAGAUCCGUUUUCCUCUCCCGCUGCGGUUAGUGCCUCGUCGUCUUCAACAUCCUCAACUGAGAAGUACAAACACACGUCGCUCACCUCGUUGGGGCUGGGGUCCUCUCACCUUUCCUCAUUUGGAGGAGGGUGGGGUGGCCUCGGCCAGCCAUGGAUGAAGGUCGGAGGCCUGGGAGGGACAGGAUUUGGACUCUCCAAUCCCAGCUGGAGAACCUUCACUGGGGGGCCACAUACAGGGAGGAUGGGAGCAUCCGACAGAGAAGAGGAUGAUGAGGACGAGAUUGAACAGACACACCUCUACAGGUCCUCCCCGUCUCCAACACACACCAACCUGUUCACUUCUGCUGCCAUGGCAUCAAGGGGGAGAGGUCUGAGGAGUGGAAUGUCAAGUAGGAAUCCAAUAUUUGGAGACAGGCCGUGGAGGAGAGAGGAGCCAGCCUGGACAGAGAGGAGAGGACCAGGGACUGCAGGUUUACAAGGUGACUCAAGAAGCCGGGGGCAGCAGAAAAGUGUGCCAGCGCCAGACGGUGUGACAGUGAAAAAGAAAAGAAGGCCAGGACGGCCCAGAAAGCACCCGCUGCCCUCCCCUGUAUCUUCCCCCACACACUCCUCCGCCGCUCCCCCUGUGUCGUCAACCAACCCCCUGCCGGGACACUGCCACAACAGAGAUGGGAGAGGAGUAGGAGGGAGAAAAGAGGAAAGAGGGGUGGAGAGAGAACGAGGAGGAGGCGAUGUAGUGCAGCAGGUGACUGAGUCAGUAUUGCAGGCUAAGAAGAAGAGAGGGCGGAAGAGGAAGCGCAGUGGUUCUCCCUGUCAUCAGUCAACACUCAGCUGCGCUGUUGAGGAUAAGCCUGAAUGCGACGCCCCCCCUGAAUGUUUUGGCCAGUCAGAGCUUGACCAGGCUCCGUCCCAAACAGUAACCGUCCAGUGGGAGGAGAGAGCAGAUGGUCCUCCCAGGAAGAAGUUUUUGAGGGCAGGCCUCUACUCUGAUGAUUACAAAACUACAGAUCCUCCUUCUCAAGCCCAGCAGGCAAGCAGAGAGAGUAUGGAGUACACUCCAGGAGAGAAUGACUAUACCUUAUUACCGGCUCCCAUCCAUGUUGGGAAGUACCUGAGGCUAAAGCGGAUUGAUUUCCAGCUGCCCUAUGAUGUUCUGUGGCUCUGGAGGAACAACCAGCUUCACAGGCAGCCUGCUGUGCCCCUGAAGAGGAAACGGCACUACUGCCGGAUGAAGGAGAAGACUGUACCCUCCCAGCAGACAGUGGAGGAGAGCUCUAGUGACAUUGCUAGCCUCUUUCCUCACCUCGACAUGGAGCCUUUGACCAGCACUGAGAGGGGUUUCGUGGUGAAACACCACGUGUUCCUGUUGAGGAACUGGGAGCUGGUGAGAGACAGGCAGAUCCAGCUGAGGAUAGAGAGAGAGCGAGAGAGAGAGGCCAAAGGAGAAGAAAGGGACAACCGACAUCUGUCCUGUGAUGGAGCCAGUGGGGACGACAGCCACAUCAAGUCAGAUCAGCCAGUGGGGGUGGAGGAGAUUGUCAUCAACAGUGACCCCCACUGCCAGACUCAGGACACCUCCAGCCAUUUCACUGCCAGCCCCCAUCCUACCAAACCCCAGAAUAGUCGAGAGGAGGAAAGAGAGGAAGAAAAACGAGGGGAAGAAGAAGUUUGCAGCAGAGAAUUGAGGAGGAAACGACUGAAUGACUUACUCCUGACCCUGCAACAUUCAUAAGCUAAUAGAGAGAGGUGGGACCACUCCGGGAAUGGGACCAGGCCCACCACUGGACAGAUGGACAGGAAGUGAUGUCAACGCUACUACCACAGUAGUAGUGCCAUGGAGAACAAGGGGAAGAUAAGGGGAGAACAGAAGGAUGAUGAUCGCGAAAGAAAAAGCAUGAAAGACAUCUCCCACACUUACAGACGAGUGUGUUGAAACUAGUGCUCUGAAGGGCAUCACACCAAGGAUGAAACCAUGGCAACGCAUGCUUUGUCCAAGUGGCAAGGGAUGAGAGAAACACAGAGAGAGAGAGAGAGAGGGAAAGAAAGACUGUCCCAGCUGAAAGAAACAGACCAGCUCAAAUGAAUUUGCACUAGUGCUGGAUGAAGAAGCACACUAAAGACUGCAUGCUAAGUGGCCACACUAUAAAUACACACACACACACACACACACACACACACACACACACACACUCUGAUCGUACUUACUUUGGCACCUUAAAAAUGGCAGAGGGACAUUGCUCUGAGAUUGAAAACGGACAUAUGUGGUACUCGAUGUUUCAGCUCUGAAGUUUCCAGGAGCCGAGGAGUUUACAACCUGGCCAGAGGAGGAAAAUGUGGGCAGGGCCUCGAAAGGUCAAACUAAUACCCGUGUUUACUCCUUUAGCUUUCAAGGUUACAUUGCAAACGUGGGAAAGGACAUAAGGAGCCACUUAGAAACUGUUGAGACAGUGUUACCGUCUUCUUCACUUUAUCGAGACAGCGUCUGUCAUCUACCAGUUGAAUAGGCAGGGGGAGGGGUAGGACUUAGUGAUAGCAGGAAUUUUGGCAUCACCGCAAUAGAAUUUGUAAUGAGGUUUUAAGAAAGAAAGAAGUUAUUUUUGAAAACAGCAGAUUGAGUACUCGCUACUAAAGAAAUCAACACAGUAUAUUAACGGUAGGAACGUUUAUUGUCAGCUAUUUUCAGUAUUGCUUCCCGGGGGUGGGAUGAGGUGGGGGUAAGUGUUUUUGUUUACUUCAGACUGCCUUUGAGAAUGUUUCGCUCUUGACUUCAGACAGAGCAUUGACAAUCAGAAUGUCCUAGGGGGAGAAGGAAAGAGGAAAGGGAAUGAAAACGAGGAUUUUUACCCCUAAUGCUCUGUAGAAGUGCCAUGUUGUCUUGUGUAUACCUAAGCGAAAUCAUGCAGUCUUUAAAAGCAAUAUCUCCUGUGAUAAGGACUACAUAAGGACUUCCUUUGUUAUGUUUUUUUUUUUUUUUUUAAGUUGUGAAUAUUUGGGGAUUGGAGGUCAUUUUUCUGUACAGAUACAUAGUAGAUUGUUCUCAUCAUAGGAGCAUUGGGCUAAUCCACUUAGCAGUGGAAGGAACCACAGCGUUUAGUUCCAUGUGAAUGUACAUAGAGACAGACCCGUUUCCCUUCUAUCGACAGUAGCGUGUAAAAUUAGUAUUAUACAUGACAUAAUACUAUUGGGAAUAUACAUAAAACGUUAAUAAUCAAAGCCUUCAUUUUACUAAGAUGUUUUUAACAAAUUAUAUAACUGACCAAUACAAUAUAUCAGAUAUUUCUCUUUAAAAUUGACUAUGAUUGUAUAUGAAUUUUUUUCUAGAAUACAUAAUUUGUCUCUUUUUUUGGUUGAGUGUAAGUUUUUUUUUUUUUUUCUAUUGGUCAGACAAUCAGUGAUAAGUGAAUUAGUUGUUUUUUUUCCAGUGUUAAAUUCAGCUCUCUUUCAGUAGUGUGGCUUCCAGUAACAAGCCAAGAAAGUGCAAUUUCUUUGACUGUUUACAUACUGUAUGUAUAUUUCUCUCUUUCCUUUUUUAACUAAGAGCACUACAUUAUUGCCAGUGGAUGAUUAACUUUAUAGCAAAGGUACACAUAAAGAGUUAUUUAUCUAGUUUGCAUGACAUGUAACCUUUGCAUUUGCCUCUGAUAAUGUGCAUCUGAAAAACAAAACUUCAUCAAAAACAAACUAUUAUAACUCAACGCCAUAGAAUGUCAGUUCAACCUUUUGCCUCUAUAUCCAUGAUAAUAAAAAAGCAUUUUAUGUCUACUACUAAA